AUGAGUGCGGCCAUAUCGACGGUACAGCCAUUGCCAUUCGUUCUAGUGGAUGACGACGGCACCUUUUGCGUAAACCCUGAUGCAGUUGCUGUACUAGAGAAAGUAACGACACGUCUCGUAGUCGUAGCCGUAGCAGGAUUGUAUCGUACAGGUAAAAGUUUUCUAUUGAAUUUAUUGGUACAACAAUUGCAGGUCGUUUCUGGAUCAAUGACAGCAAAUCAAGAGGAGAAAGAGACGGGUUUUGCUGUAGGUGGUACUGUAAAUGCCUGUACAAAAGGUAUUUGGAUGUGGGGUGAACCCAUUCUAUUGGAUGAAGACACAAGUGUCUUGUUCUUGGACACGGAAGGACUUGGUAGUAUCGAUCGAGAACAGACACAUGAUACUCGAAUUUUUGCCUUGGCUUUACUAUUGGCGUCUAAUUUUGUCUACAAUAGUCGUGGAGUUAUUGAUGGGAAUGCUAUUGAAGACCUUUCUCUUGUAAUCAAUUUAUCAAAACAUAUUCAAACGUCGUCUUCUUCGAACAAGGAAACGGGAAAUAAUGGAGGUGAUCGUCUACAUGAAUUCUUCCCCAGUUUUAUGUGGGUCGUACGUGAUUUCACACUCCAGUUACUGGACAAUGGUAAACCGAUUUCAUCCAAACAAUAUUUAGAAAACGCUCUUCAGCCUACGGGAGGAUACAGUGAUGAUGCAGUCGAGAAAGAUCAGAUCCGAGCGCUCUUGAGCGAUUUUUUCAGACAUCGAGAUUGUGUUACGUUAGUACGACCUGUAGAUGACGAACAGAAGCUACGGAACCUGCCUCAAGUACCGUACGAGGAGCUGAGACACGAGUUUCGAACUAGCUUUGAAAGUCUCUGCAAGAGGCUGUUUGGCAAAGCAAAACCCAAGACCAUGUUCGGCAAGGCAUUGAAUGGAGCCAUGUUUGUCAACUUGGCGGGAUCUUAUGUCGAGGCGCUGAAUAGUGGCAAGGCACCGGUGAUCUCUAGUGCCUGGAGUCGAGUCGUGCAAGCGCAAUGUCAUGAUGCACUUGAAGAUGCUGUCAAGUGCUACAAGGCGGAGCUGCAGGCGAGAGUACGCGAAUAUGUGUCAGCUGAACAGUUUGAAGAAGAUGCUUGUUUUGAAGUGAUUGGCGACGAAAAAGGUGGCCCAAAUGGAGAAAUUGAAGUAGUAGACAAUGACCAGGGAAGCAACGCCAUGUUCGACAAACAUGGAAACCUACGAACCGUAAUAUUGCGACGAGAGUCAGAAAUACAGAAUCUGAUCAACGAAUCGAAAAAUCCGACGGAUACGGAAAACGAGAUGAUUGAAAUUACGGAAAAGGACGACGAUGCAGAAUCUGAGGCUGCUGCACAAGGUGUGGAACGCACUCGACUGCCCUGUCCUGAAGAGAGGCUUAUAAAUGUACACCGUUUGUGUAAGAAAUUGGCCAAGAAGAAGUUGCGUGAUAUUGUUGAUGGAGACAUGGGCGCUGAUGCUGCAGCUGGCGGAGGCGAUGACUACAUGGCUCAAUUCCGUGUAGCGGUAGCUGCCGUAUUCGAAUUAUAUCGCCAGCAGAAUGCUGCGGCAUCAAUGUCAUAUUGCCGGCAAGUGUUGAGCGUUUUAAGUCAGCUAGGAAUCGAUUAUCUGACCCAUUCUGAGCAAUUACACCAGAAAUCGUCCAUGGAGCUUUACCGUGAAACGCAGACUUUUUUGCAGGACGACCUGAUGAGGGUGCAUAAAGAAUUUGUUGCCCGUGCCGUCGGCCCGUCAGCUGAUGCCGCGUACUGCGAGUUCGUCAGCCAACAUGUUUUGUCUCAGACAAUUCAGCGCACGGAAAUUACCAAUGCAGCGCAUAUGGCGGAGGUUCGCGCACUCGAAAAGAAGAUGAACGAUUUGAGUGUAAAGGUUGCAGUGGCGCAAGGACAAGCAGGUGCGAUGCAAGAGCUUUCUACUCAGCAACAGCAGAAAUGCAAGCUAGGAGUAAAGGAGGCUGAACAACGUUGUGCGGCCGAGCUCGCGGGACUUCACUCAACGCUGGAGUUUAAGACCAAUGAACUGGAGCACAUAUUGAAUCACAACGCCACUAUGAAGCGCUUAGCGGAUACAGCACAGCAGGGUCAGUACCGUGCCACAGAAUUUGCAUCAUCAGCUUUUGCUCAAGUCCUAUGCGGGUAUCUUAUUAAGCAACACAUGGCUCCUGGUGCUGGUGGGUCAGCCCGUGCUAAGUGGCAACAGCGGUAUUUUGUCCUGCAAGGACCGCAACUGAGCUUCUACGACACCAAAGAAGAUUAUGAGCGUUGCCGCUCGGACAAUCCACCCAUGGAUGUUACAGGUGCGAUCAUCGAAGACAAUUAUGCUGUACCGGAAGCUUUCAGCGUCUCUUUCCAUGACGAUAAGUACUAUCCAUUGCAGCUUCACGCCAAGUCCCGCGAGGUGAAGCAGGAGUGGGUGCGCAGUCUACGUGCUGCUGCUGGUGGUCGUGCUACUGCACUAGGAGGUGCAGCCUGCAGUGCUUUCUCCAACUCGUCGACCAGGCUUUCAGUCUCUGGCAAUACCAAUGACUUAAAUUCAUCGGCAGUGUACCGAGGUGAAAAAUCGGUGCCUUCUAGCUACGCAGAGGCGGCAUCUUCGUCCUAUCGAGCUGGAGCUGGAACGGGAUACGCUGCUGGAAAUUCUUCUUCGGAGAUGUACGGACCCACAGGUGGAGCUGGUGGUAGCCGAUACAUGCAGAUGUAG